AUGCCCGUCGAACUGCGCAAACGCAAGGCACCGCAGCCACCGCCUGCCCCUGCGCCCGCCGCGAAAAAGGCCGCCACCAAGGCCGCCAGGCUUGCCAAGGCAAAGAAGCCAGAGUCUGCGCCAAAGAAGGAAGACGAGAAGCCCGCCCCUCCCCCUGCGCCCGCCGCGACACCGCCGUCUGGCAAAAAGAUUGCUGUCGGCCAGGUCAUCGACCUGGAUGGUUUCGGCGGAGAGGUCCAGACUAAUGAUGGCCGUACGACCACGCUGAGGAAACUGCUCGAGGAGAGCGGAAGCGGCGUCGUGCUCUUCACCUAUCCCAAGGCUUCUACUCCCGGAUGCACGAACCAAGCCUGCCUCUUUCGCGACUCGUACGUCCCCCUCACCGCCGGCGGCCUCGCCAUCUACGGCCUCAGCGCGGACUCGCCCAAGGCCAAUACCACCUUCAAGGAGAAGCAGAGGCUUCCCUACCCCUUGCUCUGCGAUCCGCAGGCAACUCUUAUCGCUGCCAUUGGGCUGAAGAAGCAGCCCAAGGGUACGCAGCGCGGCGUCUUUGUGGUUGACAAGAAGGGCAAGGUGCUUGUUGCCCAGCCGGGUAGUCCCGCCGGAACGGUGGAGAGAGUGAAGGCCUUGGUUGACGAGCUGAAGAAGUAG